AUGACGAAUAGAUCUACUCGUGCCCGCAGUGGAAAGAAGCGAGGAAUUCGACUUGUAGAUCUAGAAUUCCAAAGUAACAUCCAGGGGAAGGAGAAUAUUGAAAAUGGCAGACGCCCUCAUGGAGGCAAUAACGGCACCAAGAAGCAUCCACUUAGUCCAUACACUUACAACCGGGAACCGACUUACCUACAACAAAUACGGGACGAAUUAGAUCGCAGCCAAACAGAAAAGUUUGUCGAAGGUCACAGGUCACCCAAUUGGGCAAUAGACACUAGCAAAGAGUCGAAUCACAGUGGGGAAUCCCCCUUGUUCGUCCACGGUCUCCUUAGCGCAAAAAAGUACGAUCAGCACGGGAAACAUCUACAUGAGCCUCGAACUAAAUCUCUCGUUAGAGGGCGCUCAGCUCCACCAAAGAGAAGUGGAACACUUUACUAUCGACCAAACACUACGCACCAGUACCUCUCAGCAACUGAGCUGCACCAAACCUCGCAGUCUUCCGAUGCAACGAACCUCAAAUAUGGCCGACCUACUCGUACAACGUUAUUACGAGCUAGACAAAGGAGCAAUUCAGCACCUGUUAAUGCAUACACACAACGACGGGAAAGUGCCAAAAAGAUGGAGAGUACUCAAUAUUCUGCUAUACCAACUCCUAGAGAGUAUUUACCUGCCCGCAAAAAAGAGGAGUCUACGCAUGCGUUUCUUACUGGGGCCCGCUACAACAGGGCACAUCUUUUAGAUGCUAAGGGCCUGACAGUGUAUGGUGUUUACAUGCCAAGAAAGAACCCGAUGGCCUGCUUUAUGACAGGGGCUGCUUCUUCACGUCUGAAGGAGAAAGCUGAAGAGGUUCCCCCGCCGCCAGAUACACCGCGAUCCGAGGUAUCAGACUACCAUGACCAAACGAGUAAACCGGAGUUCCACCCGAGACCAUCGACAGCUCCAGGAAAAAGGUUACUAUCAGGCAAAAUGGUGACGCCUAGGGAUCGCCCCAAAAGCGCGUGGGGUGACGCAGCAACUUCGUGUGAUAUCAUACAGAACGAAAGUGAGAACUUAUCCAAUGACGAGACGUCUUACAAACAACAGAUAUUAGAUGACAUAAUACUUACACCUAACGGUUUGAAUGUCCAAGGCAGCCGAGUCUUGGUUUCUUUACGGUCCAGCAAACAAUAUUUGAGGACAUCCGAAUCGACACUCCCCAGCGUCACAGGAAUAUCCGUCCCAAAAGUCAUUUCUAAGCGACCACGUGAUCCAGUUGAGGAGACCUCAUUGGUUAAUCAGCCUCCCCCUACCCCAGUUGGCGGCUUGUCUGUAGUUGAAAGUGAAAGAGUAAGAAAGGCGUCUUUAUCAGUAAAGGACUCGUCCAUAGGCAGGAUGGAAGAUUCCACUGGACCAGUGGUUAAAAAACAAAUUAAUGUAGAACUUAUUGAUCAGUCUCUAGAAUUACAACCAGAAGAGGUAUUAGAUGUAGAACAUCCAGAGGACGAUAAACAAUCCGAUAAAAGUGAGCCUGUUGAUUCUACAAUAGACCUCAAAAAGGAGGGAAAUAACAAUAUUGUUAACAAUUCAAACACUCACAUGGACAAUGGAAGUGAAAUCAAGGUUUUCAUGACAGAAAAUAAUAAUACUGAGGGAACUGACGACAAAAACGAAAGUCCGGAAAUGAUUGAAUCUAACAACGAUACAGAAAAUCUCUCUUCUACCGAUCAUAUUAAAAUUGAGAUUAGCCAUCCCGACGUUGACGAGGGUGAAAAAGGAACCCAAAAUAAGAGUAUUAAUGAAAAAAAUGAAGAUAUUGUCAAUCAGGAUGGCCCUGUUGUACAGUAG